UCCUCCUGUCCCCCCCUGCUCCUCCUCUCCGUCCUCGCCGCAGCCCCCUCCUCCCCACCCCGUGCCCCGCUCCUCCCGCCACUGCCAGCUCUAAGAUGCCCCGCUAUGAACUGGCUUUGAUCCUGAAAGCCAUGCAGAGGGGUUGGUACAGUAGGCCUCACUAAACUUAGCUGCAACUAAGAAUUUCUCCUACAUCAACUGAGUUAAGGCUGAUGCUCUUGUGGAAUGUGGAUUAAAAGUGCGUGCUAAGUUCCCAAAUUUGAGAAGCGGAGAAAAGUAAAUGUACCACUGCCACCAGCAUCAGGACAGCAAACCAAGGGACAAAGAAUUUGACCCGCUGUGUUGAUUUUGGUUAAAACUGGUUCACGUGGUGCUUAAGAGACGUUGGCUGGGGGGCGAGAAGUGGACGUCAGCGAAGGCUUUUUGGUUACAAAAUGAGGGCUGCUUUGGAGCCAGCAGACAUUGCCAUUGUGGCCCUGUACUUCGUGCUUGUAAUGUGCAUAGGUUUCUUUGCCAUGUGGAAAAGCAAUCGGAGCACCGUCAGUGGCUACUUUUUGGCAGGGCGUUCUAUGACCUGGGUAGCUAUCGGGGCCUCGUUGUUUGUGAGCAAUAUUGGAAGUGAACAUUUCAUUGGGCUCGCAGGAUCUGGAGCGGCGAGCGGAUUCGCCGUAGGCGCGUGGGAGUUCAACGCCUUAAUGCUUUUGCAGCUUUUGGGAUGGGUCUUCGUGCCAGUCUACAUCCGGUCGGGAGUGUACACCAUGCCCGAAUACUUGUCCAAGCGGUUCGGAGGGCAUAGGAUUCAAAUCUAUUUUGCAGCGUUGUCUCUAAUUCUUUAUAUCUUCACCAAACUCUCGGUUGACUUGUAUUCAGGGGCGCUUUUUAUCCAAGAGUCCCUAGGGUGGAACCUCUACCUGUCGGUGAUCCUGCUGAUCGGAAUGACGGCGCUGCUGACUGUGACCGGAGGGCUAGUGGCCGUCAUCUACACGGACACCCUCCAAGCGCUGCUUAUGAUCAUCGGUGCCCUCACACUCAUGAUCAUAAGCCUCACGAAGGUCGGCGGGUUUGAAGAAGUGAAAAGGAGGUACAUGUUGGCGUCCCCGAACAUCACCUCCAUCCUCCUCACCUACAACAUCUCCAACACCAACUCCUGCAACGUCAAUCCAAAGCCCGACGCUCUCAAAAUGCUGCGCGAGCCGACGGACGAAGACAUCCCCUGGCCCGGGUUUCUGCUGGGACAGACCCCGGCCUCGGUGUGGUACUGGUGCGCCGACCAAGUCAUAGUGCAGAGAGUUCUGGCCGCCAAAAACAUCGCUCACGCCAAAGGCUCCACCCUCAUGGCCGGCUUCUUGAAGCUGCUGCCCAUGUUCAUCAUCGUGGUGCCGGGGAUGAUCUCGCGCAUCCUGUUUGUGGACGACAUCGCCUGCAUCAACCCCGAGCACUGCUUCCAGGUGUGCGGCAGCAGGGCCGGCUGCUCCAACAUCGCCUACCCGCGCCUGGUGAUGAACCUGGUGCCCGUGGGGCUGCGCGGGCUCAUGAUGGCCGUGAUGAUCGCCGCCCUGAUGAGCGACCUGGACUCCAUCUUCAACAGCGCCAGCACCAUCUUCACGCUCGACGUCUACAAACUCAUCCGGAAGAGCGCGACCUCGCGGGAGCUCAUGAUUGUGGGCAGGGUCUUCGUGGCCUUCAUGGUGGUGAUCAGCAUCGCCUGGGUGCCCAUCAUCGUGGAGAUGCAGGGCGGGCAGAUGUACCUGUACAUCCAGGAGGUCGCGGAUUACCUGACCCCGCCCGUGGCCGCCCUGUUCCUCAUGGCCAUCUUCUGGAAGCGCUGCAACGAGCAGGGCGCUUUCUACGGCGGCAUGGCCGGGUUCGUGCUGGGCGCCAUCCGCCUGAUCCUGGCCUUCUUCUACCGCGCUCCCGAGUGCGACCAGCCGGACACCAGGCCCGACUUCAUCAAGAACAUCCAUUACAUGUACGUGGCCACGGCGCUGUUCUGGAUCACCGGCAUGGUGACGGUCGUGGUGAGCCUGCUCACGCCGCCGCCCACCAAGGAGCAGGUCCGGACCACCACGUUCUGGGCCCUGAGGAAGCGCGGCGCGCCGGAGAGCGCCGGCAAGGGGGAGCUGUACCAGGCGCAGGAGAAGAGCAUCCUCAAGUGCAACGAGAACGCCAACCACAUCAUUCCCAACGGGAAGUCGGAGGAGAACAUUAAGAACGUGAAGCCGGAGGACAUUAACCUCCUGGUGACGUGCAGGGAUGACAGCAACCCGGUGAUCUCGGUGAGCCACUCCGAGGUGGAGACGCCCGUGGAUUGUUACUCCAACGGACAGGCGGCCCUGAUGGGGGAGAAAAAGCGCGAGGAGGAGGAGGAGGAGGGGACUGACGACCAGGAGAGACAUUUGAAAUUCAUAGAUUGGUUCUGUGGCUUUAAAAGUAAAAACGUAAACAAGAGAGUGGUUCGGGAGGUCGAGGAAGAGACUGUUUGUUUACAAAUGCUGGAAGAGACUCCAAAAGUUAAACUAUUACUAAAUACUGGACUGGUCUGUGUCUGUUCGCUUGGAAUCUUCAUGUUUGUCUACUUCUCUUUGUGAGUGAAUAGUGAACUUUUAAGGGUAUGGCUUAAACAUACAGAAGUUGAUACAGGUCUCUGGAGAUUUUUGGUUUUUCUUUUCUUUUCAAACAACAUAACCACAACCCAGGCAUUGUUUACGCUAUAAUUGUAAGAUCAACUCAGCUUUAGCCUAUUUCCAGACCAUUUGAGAUGUGUUGUCCUCCCUCUGCUGAAAGCAGAACCUGUCCUGUGGUGGCUUUUUCUUUUUUCCCUUUUGUGUUGGUUUUAUUUUUUUUUUUUCCAUUUGCAGCACUAACCUUUUGUUUUUUUCUGUGUAUAAAUAUACCAAAGGCAGGCAGGUGGCUGUGUUUGAAGUCAGGCAGUUACAGCUCAGUCAGCAUUAAGUGAAGAUAACAGGUAAUCAGUUACCAGUGUGUAAAAGCUGAAUGAUUAAAGCUGUGUCAAAAGAUUUUUAAAUGCAGAGCUGUGAUGCACAUUUAUAAAAUAACUGUAUUACCUUGGCCAACUUAGCACUUUUUAAUUGCACUCACUGCUUUUUUUUUGGGGUUUUUUUUUUCAGUUUCUCAUUUUUCUUCUGGCAACAACAGGAAGCUGUUUUGUCUCAUUUUAUAGCACUUAAAACAUGAUAGCUCUUAGCAGCUUUCUGCCUUUUUUUUUAUUCUUUGUAAGGAAAUUUUUGUCUUUUGAUUUUUUAUCCACUGUAAAUUCCAUUACUGAAAAGUUUCUGUAUUAAAAAAAAAGAGAAAAAAACUAAAACAACAAUAAGCCUGGAGAUGGCAAACUGUCAGUGGAGGAGGAGGAAAAAGAAAUAUUCUUUCUGUGGGGUUUGUAGUAUAUUGAAAUUGAAGAAUCCCAGAAUUUUUAGGGUGGGUUUGGGAUGUCCUUGGGCAGCUGUUCCAGGGCUCUGCCACUUGCAUGGAAAAAAAAUUUUCCCCAGGUUUAGGUGGAAUUCCUUGAGUUUCCGUAAAUGGCCAAAAAGAUUAAUUCAGCCUCUCCAGCCUCUGAACCUUUAGGACACUGUUAGGAUUAGCUUGUUUUUUGGGAAAGUUCUGUUUGUAGGUUCUACCGUGUGAGGAAAAGGGAAACAUGAGGCUUUGCUUGUCUUCAAAAACUGUUUUUCACCCUGCAGAGGGUUUUUCCUCUGCUGGGAGGGCAAGGAAGGGGAAGUGGGGGAGGAGAGGUGAAAGUGCUCCUUGUUUUCCAGAGUCCUUUUGCCCCGUGUUUUCUCCCACCUCCCCUUUCACCCUGUCAGGCUUUCUUUUUGGUUUUCUUUUGAGGAAUCCCAGAAUCCCUGAGCUUGGAAAUGCCCUCCUUGGACACCUCCAGGGCUGGGCACUCCACCACCUCCCAUGGGUGACCUUUGAGUGAAGCCCCUUCCCAUGGGUGAUCUUUGUGUGCAGAAAUUCCUUCCCUCCCUCCCUCCUCAGAAUGAUCCUGAGGGAUUCAUCUCAUCAGGAGAUGGGGAGCACGUGCGGCCGCAAUCUGUGCCAGCAAUUGAGGUCUGUCCUGUCCUCAGGAUUUUUCCAAAAACCUGAAUUCCUCAGGCAGUCACAGCUAUUUGUAGGUCUCCAGAUCCAGGGGAUCUUUCCUCCUGAGGGAUGGAUGCCCAGGCAGGGAUGAGCAGUUCCCGGGUGUGGAGGACACGUGUGCAACAGGUUGGUGCUCUCCUCCUUCCCCCAGCCAAGCUGGGUCCUGAUUUUGGGAGCAGAGCCCACCAGUGUUAAACUCCUUCCCUCUCCAGGACACAGUGGUCAUAUCCAGGCUUUCCAUGGAAAUAAUUCCUCCAGUUGUCUUUGCUCCUGAGCUCAUUCAGGAGAGCUGGGCCAGACUCGGGCUGAGGGACCAUUGUGAGCGUUCACCAAAACCAGUUCAGGGUCCAGCAAUGUUUCCUUGGCACACAAACAAGAACCAAUUCCUGUGGGGGAAACCUUUUUGCAGAGAUGAAAAUUGGGUCGAUCCUGCCUUGGACUGCUGGAGGAAGUUUGCUUUUCCAGUGGUGCCAUCCACAUGGCUUUUAGUAGAUAAUUUACAACACAUAUUUUCAGAUAAAAUGAUUCACUUCCGUUUUUGGGGUGGUUUUGUUUGUUUUGGUGGUGGUGUUUUUAAUAUCAGUUGAAUCUCAUUCAUUCCAAAACUUUGACCAGAGGCUGAGCUGUCCCACUUUUCUCCACUUGCUUUAGUUGUUGGUGCUGGGAAGUAGAACUACUCCAAAGUGGAAAACUUGGGAGUGUUCUGCAACGUUUGUAGAGAGGAGUCACCACACCUGGUGUCGAUGUUGCCACCGAUGGGACCAGACACAUUUUGUCAUUAUUUGUGUGGCCACAGCUUGGUUUGGGAAGAUAUUUUAAAUCCUAUUGGAGGGUGAAAUCCUGGUGGUGUGAAAUUAAUGACCUCUCAAGUGUCUUCAUUAGUGGGCUGAGCUGUGAAGGAUGGUUUGAUGUAAAGCAUAGCGAAUUGUUUCCAUAAUGGAUAAAACAAUUUAGGGCAACGUUUGAUCGUAGCAGGAUGAAAAAUAACAACCUGUAGAGGGUAAAGAUAAUUCUCAGUCCACCAAUAUCCUCUUGAGUAGGCUGGGAUAGGGCUCAAAAGCCCGGCUUGGCCCAGGGAAGGAUUCUCGUGUCCCUUCGGAACUCGGCACGACCUCGGAGCGCCGGCCUUUUCCAGGCUGCUCCUCCCGGCCCCCCAUGUCCGGCGCUUUUGCCACCACCUGGAAGCCAGGUCAGCUCAGGGACCCCUCGGCUCGGCUCCCUCGCCCCCCUGUGCUGUGUCCCCAGGGUGCCUUACGUGGGUGGGUGUGGAGGAGGCGCUGCCAUCGGCUCCUCCCUGCUCCUUCCAUCCCGCUGCCCUCCUCAGAGAGGACACUCGGAGGAGUUAACAGGCACAAUUCCAGUGUCCUGCUCCAUCACUGCUCCUUCCAUCCCCCUGCCCCUCCUCAGAGGAGUUAACAGGCACAAUUCCAGUGUCCUGCUCCAUCCCUGCUCCUUCCAUGCCCCUGUUCCUCCUCAGAGGAGUUAACAGGCACAAUUCCAGUGUCCUGCUCCUCCCUGCUCCUUCCAUCCCCCUGCCCCUCCUCAGAGGAGUUAACAGGCACAAUUCCAGUGUCCUGCUCCAUCACUGCUCCUUCCAUGCCCCUGCCCCUCCUCAGAGGAGUUAACAGGCACAAUUCCAGUGUCCUGCUCCAUCACUGCUCCUUCCAUCCCCCUGCCCCUCCUCAGAGGAGUUAACAGGCACAAUUCCAGUGUCCUGCUCCAUCACUGCUCCUUCCAUGCCCCUGCCCCUCCUCAGAGGAGUUAACGGGCACAAUUCCAGUGUCCUGCUCCAUCACUGCUCCUUCCAUCCCCCUGCCCUCCUCAGAGGAGUUAACAGGCACAAUUCCAGUGUCCUGCUCGGUCACAUCCAUGGGGAAAUCGUCCUUGGCUGCGGAAGGGAGUCAGGUCCUUCAGGAAUGCACUGCGGAGCCCGGGGUGCUCCAUCUCCCACUGCAUUUAUUCUCCCUUUUGCCACACUAACGAGCUGCCACAUUAAUCACACUGCUAAUUGGCAGGCAGGGUCAUCACGAGUUAUUAAUCUGCCUCCCCAGCCCAUCUUUGGAGCUGGAAUUGUGAAGCUUUCCAGCCAGUUCUUUCUGCAGUGCUUUUUUCUCCUCAGGUGUUUCCGAGGUGUUUCGUGUGCUCCUCUCCAGCCUCACUGUGUCACACAGGUCCUGAAGUUGCUGAUAUUCUUUGCUGCAUAAAACCACUUAAUUAAAGGCCUUUAUUAAGAAAUAAAGAUACUUCUAAGGUUCCAGGCAAGCUGCCUGCUGGCGAGAAGGACCUUGUGUAGGAGAAGGGAUUUUUUAUAGCGUAAACAAGCCUUUGCUGAGGGGGGAAGUGGAAGAAUUUGGGGUUAAACACCCAUUUUUUGGUCCAGCAGAACCACAGAGUGUUCCCCACGAUGGACAGUCAGUUCAGUGAAUUUUUGUUGCCUGGCCUCCUCCCCCUGCGUGGGGCUGGGUGUGCUUCUGUCUUGCAGCAAUGGGUUUAUUUAUUAAUUGCCUUGAGCUUAGGAUGGCAAGUCUUGGAAAACUGAGUUUGGAACGACAGCUUUUUUUUCUUCUUGUUAUUUCCCUUAACUUAUUUUUUCAAGUAAGAUAUUUGAAUUUUGCUCUUGGAAAUAGUAGAAGCCUUUUAUUUAAAAAAGAAAAAAAAAAUAAAGAAGAAGAAGGCUUCUUAAGAGUUUAAUAGUACAUUUUGGGAGACUGUUUUUAUUUAAGUUUUUUUUAAUGGCUGAUUUGAUGCUAUUCUCUGCCAAAGUUUAGAGAUUUUUUUGUUGUUGUUGUUGCUUAAUUUUUUGGAAAUAUAUUUUUUCCUGUUUAGCUUUUAAGGAAAAGAAACAGUGCAAGAUUGUAAGAAAUAAAAAUGGCCUUCAGUAUAUUCCUUAUCUUGUGUAUUUUUUAUUUCUCCACUUGUGUGUUCCCUGAUCCCAGAAGGGCCAGGAUGAGACUUCUGAUGAGAGUCAUGAGCCCUGUAACCGAGGAGAGAAAAGUUUGGAUUUCCACGAGGUUACAGUGGAGGGGGCAGAGCCAUCCAGGGAGCUCUGCCAGCACUUAAAAGAUGCUUACAACUUUAAAACAGCUUUAUUUUUUUUAUAUAUCUAUUUUUUUAAAUCCUGAGAUAGAGGCGGUGUUGGGAAUUGCUCCCUUUCAGAGAACAGGAGACAUGGAAGAAGCUGGAGUUGCCAAGCUCCAGCUUUCUCAAGGAAAUCUUUGGAUUUAGCAUGUACAGAGAAGCAGAAUUACUCAUCUGUUAAUUUGGUAUUCUGUAUGUUCUGUGCCCUUAAAUGUAAUUGUUUUGAAAAUAAAACUAACCUUGUUAUGUGAUGUUAAAAGCAGACUUCUGUGCAAUGUUUUAAUUUUUAUUUUUUGGUUUUUUAAAGAAAAUGUUUGUAUAUAAUUAAAUGGUUUAAUGUGCUUUAAUUGGCCUAAGGUAAAGAGUAGUCCUAGAAUGUAAAACAUAUAUAAUUAGAAUUUCUGAUUUCACUGUGAGAUCUCUGAACUUUUGGUUUUUUAGGGUUUUUUUGGUUUUGGUUUUUAUUUUUUUUUGCAAAGUGGUUUUGUUUUGUUUACAAAACACUUUCUCUUUGAUUUCUUUCCUGGUGUUGGUUUCAAGGCAUUUGCUUCACUUCUGUUCCAAUCUUGAACUCAUGGUACAGUGACAUCUGGUGACACUUGGCAUUCUCAGUUCCACUGUGUAAAGUCAGACACUUUGAGCAAAACCGGCGGUGAAAUGACAAUUGUGUGUCUAGGAAUUCACGCUUUUAAAAUGAGGUGGUUAUAAAAAUAGUUGCUGUGCAAAAUGUUAGUAGUCUUCUUCAAGAAGAAAGCGAAAUUUUCUAAUCUCACUCGAGCAGUCUCUUCAUUCAUCAUCUUCUUUUUUAAAGCACAGUGUCAAAGUGAUGCUGCUUUACCUUGUAUCUCUGAGAAAAAAAUGUUUUUUUAGAUAUCUGUGAAGUAUUUUUGGGUUUUGUUGCUGUUGUAUUUUUCUGCAGAUUUUAUAUAAAAUACCAGUUAAUGAACUGCCUUUUUUCUGUUGGUUUUUUUUAACUCUCUAAAAUACAUUUCAGACCAAAACCAAAUGAUAUCAUAUAGCAUUUGAAACCUGCCUUUUUCCUUGUCCCUUGGUUGUUUUUUUGGAAAUAAGCCAAAUGGGCAUGUAGAUAAGAUCACUCUAAUGGAUCCAGGUCUCUUUUGGUAAAGUGUUAUUUAAAGGUCUGUUAAGAUCUUAUAAGACAAUAUACUGAGAAAAAAAAAACCUUUACUGUAGUAGGAAUAUAGAUUUAGAAGUGUUAAUGAGAUUAAUACAGCUUAAUUAUAUUGUAAGUUGCUACUGUCCUUAAUGACAAGCUUUUUGUCAUAGAAACGAUGUAUGAUAAAUUAAUUUUGGUCUAGUGUAUAGAAUGAUCAUAUUGCUAUCAAUCUUUGAAGUAAAUCUGAUGCAAAAUUUUCAUAGUUAGCACUGCUGGCCCUGUGUAUACUGUUCUUUGUAUACUGUAUGCAUAUUAUUUUGCCUCCUGCAUUAGUCUUCAAACUAAAACUCUUAUUAGAGAGUAUUUGGAUACUUUCAGACUGUGUUUCUUGCAGUUUACAUUCCUUUACCAUGGCAUUUUGUCCUGUCUCAAAGUAUUGUAUGGAAAUGUUUCAAACUUCUGUACAAAGUUUCAAUAAAAAUAGAGGAAAAAAAAUUUAAAAAAAAAAAAAAAUCACCCCAAACCGACCAACCCACCAGAACAGA